AUGACAAUACCAUUUGCUUCAGAAUCCCUUUUUAUAAAUGGCGUUCUACAACCUCUUAGCGACUUAAGCAUACACUUGGCUUUUGGAACAAGUGGUCCUUCUACCUAUAGUGGUGGCGUUGCAUCUAGCCACUGCGAAGUCAAAGUUAAAAGCUUUAAUUUUACUGAGAAGCACAAGUAUGAAAACGGAGAGUGGAGACAAAAUAUAUCGUUCUCAGUUUAUACCCAAGACACAGAUUGUUACAACGUUAAUAGUCACGAAACCCUGCGGUUGAUGACUGGUGGAACAAAUGGGGUUGGCAGUAAAAUGUUUGAGCAGGUUUCCUUGCCAGAUAUUCGGAUACAUGUACGAGAAACAAACCAGCAAUGGAAAGGACGAUCAUCUGCAGUAAGAGCAGACCCGCACAUGUAUACAUUUGAUGGAAAAUCAUAUGAAUGUCAGACCUCAGGAGAGUUCAUAAACUAUAGGAAUCAACAGCACUUACAAUGGAUUCAGUCAAAGCAUCACCUAUGUUGGCCGUCUUUCAACGGUGCUUGGUGCGUCUGUGCAGUUGCUGCAAGAGCCGGAAGAGAUGUCUUCCUUGUGGAUCUCUGUGAGGAAAAUGGCGUUAUAAACUUUGAGAUGUGUGAGGACAAUAUUUUAAAAGUGACAAAAAUUCAUGACAAACACUAUAAGGUACAUUUCCCCACUGGAACGUCCCUCUCUAUUUACAUCACAGACUGGAAUGGGUAUUUCAUCAUUGACUUGGAAAUCAUUCCGUCUCCGUUGGAUAUCGGGAAGGCCGAAGGCUUGUGUGGUUACUUUGAUGGUUCAAUGGAGAACGACUUUAAACGGAGAGAUAGUAACAUCACAGAUAGCAUAGACCUGAUGUAUCCGACCGAUUUCUAUGAUUCUUGGAGAAUACGAGAUAUUGAGAAUCUGUUGAGGGGUGACAGUUCGGUUUAUAGCAAACUGGAAUCCAUAUCCAGCAUUCAAGUCCCUCAGUGCACUUGUACCGAGAGUGGUAAAACAGAAUGUUCCUACAGCACAUCCUCACCCUGUAACUCAAACCGAGGCAAACAAUAUACCUGUAACGUUCAUCUUCUGCAAACCAGAAGGCGAAAACGUGACCUACCUGGAAAGACAGUUCAAGAGCCUUUAUUGAGAAACAAACGAUCCGUUACUUACGUACAAACAGAAGAUUAUGCCGAGACAGUCUGCUUGCAGGCUUUUAAAAACUCGACAGAAUAUAGUACAUGUCAGCAGUAUGUUACUGAUCUCAGUAAUGUUACUCUGUCUAACUGUAUCGAAGACAUCAAGUUGACAGGCAAUGAUAGCUUAACACAGAUCCAUAUUGAAGCUGCUUUACAACAAUGCACCGAGUUUGUUUUGUUAAAUGCAACACUACAGGAAACAGAACCCAAUGUCACGUACACAAUACAAAACCUCUGUCCUAGCAAUUGUAGCAGUCAUGGAACUUGUAAUGGAGGAAACUGUACUUGUGACACCGGUUAUGGGGGAAGUGAUUGCUCGUUUGAUUUACUCGGUCCGCCUACAGUAACAGGUGUACCCAGUGCUGGUCUGUGUGAUCUUUCCAGUAAAGAUUGCAGCGAGGCUACUAUGUUUGGAAAGUACUUUGUUGAAAAUAUGGACUCCCUUUGUUAUAUCAGUGUAAAACAGUGUUGA